UCCCCUCAACACUUCAGUCUCCACAUAAACUCACACUGACAAGGGAAACGUGCUAAUUUUCUCAAACACAAAUAUAUCCAUCUAAUCUAAUUUGAAAAAAGAAAAACAUUGUUCUGUGGCGCCUCCUUGCAUAUCCCCACAAUGUGUCAUCAAUAUAUUCGCACAAAAAUAAAAGGAAUAUAGAAAAGGGUCUUUCUCAGAUCUCUUUUCUAGCAUCUUUUCUUAUGGCAGAUUCAAGAAAGUAUAUUACUAGUGAGGAUCUCAAGAAUCACAACAAACCAGGGGAUCUAUGGAUAUCCAUUCAGGGUAAGGUUUAUGAUGUAUCAGAUUGGAUUAAAGAACACCCUGGUGGUGAUUUCCCACUGUUAAAUCUUGCUGGCCAGGAUGUUACUGAUGCAUUUGUUGCAUACCAUCCUGCUACUGCUUGGCAGUAUCUUGAUAAGUUCUUUAAUGGGUUUUACCUUAAAGAUUAUUCUGCUUCUGAGGUGUCUAAAGAUUAUAGAAGGCUUGUUUCUGAGUUCACUAAACUUGGGUUGUUUGAAAAGAAAGGCCAUGUUUGUUUAUUCACCAUGUGUUUGAUGGCAAUGUUGUUUUCCAUGAGUGUUUAUGGAAUCUUGUUUUGCCAAGGUAUGUUAGCACAUUUGAUAAGUGGUGGCUUGAUGGGGUUAUUUUGGAUUCAGAGUGGAUGGAUUGGUCAUGAUUCAGGGCAUUAUAAAGUAAUGAGCACCAAAGGGCUCAACAGAUUUGCUCAAGUACUUACUGGGAAUUGCCUUGCUGGAAUUAGCAUUGCUUGGUGGAAGUGGAACCACAAUGCUCAUCACAUUGCUUGCAACAGUCUUGAAUAUGACCCUGAUCUUCAACACAUGCCUUUCUUUGCGGUAUCUUCCAAGUUUUUCAGCUCACUCACUUCUUAUUUUUAUGAUAGGAAGAUGAAUUUUGAUUCUUUUACUAGGUUCUUGGUUAGUAAUCAGCAUUGGACUUUUUAUCCUGUCAUGUGUUUAGCUAGACUCAAUCUGUUUGCACAGUCAUUCAUAUUGUUGUUAUCCAAGAAAAAUGUGCCCUAUCGAGUUCAGGAGCUUUUAGGGGUGGUUUCAUUCUGGAUUUGGUAUCCAUUGCUUGUUUCAUGCUUGCCAAAUUGGGGUGAAAGAAUUAUGUUUGUUCUUGCUAGUUUCACAUUGACUGGAAUUCAACAUGUUCAAUUCUGUUUGAACCAUUUCUCAUCCGACGUUUACGUUGCACCACCUAAAGGAAAUGAUUGGUUUGAGAAGCAAACUAGUGGAUCUCUUGACAUAUCAUGCCCCAGUUGGAUGGAUUGGUUUCAUGGUGGAUUGCAGUUUCAGAUUGAGCAUCAUUUGUUUCCUAGAUUACCAAGAUCCCAACUGAGGAAAGUUUCUCCGUUCGUGAUAGACCUUUGCAAAAAGCAUGGUUUACCUUACAAUUGUGUCUCCUUCUUGAAGGCUAAUGUUUUGACCAUUGACACCCUCAGAGCCGCAGCUUUGCAGGCUCGGGAUUUGACCAAGCCUGUCCCAAAGAAUUUAGUUUGGGAAGCUGUCAACACUCACGGUUGAGACUGUGAAGAGCUCAAGGAAAUAUCUGGGAUCGUAUCUUAAGAACUUCCGCUAUUAUUAUUUAUGCCAUUAAUUCAAGCAACAAAUUUUCACCUCCAUUUUGAUGGGGAUGCAUAUAUCAUUGUAAUAUCUAGAGAGAACAAUCGUACUAUGUCAUUCUGUUAAGGUUUAAUUAAUUGUAAUUCUUAUUUUCCUUC